AUGUCGGGCCAGGCGAGAUUCCACCGCGGAGCCGAGGCACGCCGAGCCAGCUUGCAGUGCAGGUCCCGGCGGCCGCGGGCAGCUCACCCGGAAGGCCGCGCGGGGUCCGGGCGUGGGUCCCUACCCGGGCGCCAGCACGCGAGCCCGGGCGUUCGCGGGGGAGGAUUUUCCUUGCUGCUGCUUAACUUGGAGGAGUACUACUUUGAACAGCAUAGAGCCAAUCACAUUUUGCACAAGGGCAGUCACCAUGAAAGGAAAAUCAGAGGCUCCUUAAAAAUAUGUUCAAAAUCAGUGAUUUUUGAACCGGAUGCAAUAUCCCAGCCCAUCAUCAAGAUUCCUUUGAGAGACUGUAUAAAAAUAGGAAAGCAUGGAGAAAAUGGAGCCAAUAGACACUUCACAAAGGCAAAAUCUGGGGGUAUUUCACUCAUUUUCAGUCAGGUAUAUUUCAUUAAAGAACAUAAUGUUGUUGCACCAUAUAAAAUAGAAAGGGGCAAAAUGGAAUAUGUUUUUGAAUUGGAUGUUCCCGGGAAAGUGGAAGAUGUUGUGGAGACGUUGCUUCAGCUUCACAGAGCAUCCUGCCUUGACAAAUUGGGUGACCAAACCGCCAUGAUAACAGCUAUUUUGCAGUCUCGUUUAGCUAGAACAUCAUUUGACAAAAACAGGUUCCAAAACAUUUCUGAAAAGCUGCAUAUGGAAUGCAAAGCAGAAAUGGUGACGCCUCUGGUGACUAAUCCUGGACACGUGUGCAUCACGGACACAAACUUGUAUUUUCAGCCCCUCAACGGUUACCCGAAACCUGUGGUCCAGAUAACACUCCAAGAUGUCCGCCGCAUCUACAAAAGGAGACAUGGCCUCAUGCCUCUGGGCUUGGAAGUAUUUUGCACAGAAGAUGAUCUGUGUUCCGACAUCUACCUAAAGUUCUAUGAACCUCAAGAUAGAGAUGAUCUCUAUUUUUACAUUGCCACAUACCUAGAGCACCAUGUGGCAGAGCACACUGCUGAGAGCUACAUGCUGCAGUGGCAGCGUGGACACCUUUCCAACUAUCAGUACCUCCUUCACCUCAACAACCUGGCCGACCGCAGCUGCAACGACCUCUCCCAGUACCCUGUGUUUCCAUGGAUAAUACAUGAUUAUUCCAGCUCAGAACUAGAUUUGUCAAAUCCAGGAACCUUCCGGGAUCUUAGUAAGCCAGUGGGGGCCCUAAAUAAGGAACGGCUGGAGAGACUACUGACACGCUACCAGGAAAUGCCUGAACCAAAGUUCAUGUAUGGGAGUCACUACUCUUCCCCGGGUUAUGUACUUUUUUAUCUUGUUAGGAUUGCACCAGAGUAUAUGCUGUGCCUGCAGAAUGGAAGAUUUGAUAAUGCAGAUAGAAUGUUCAACAGUAUUGCAGAAACUUGGAAAAACUGUCUGGAUGGUGCAACGGAUUUUAAAGAGUUAAUUCCAGAAUUCUAUGGUGAUGAUGUGAGCUUUCUAGUCAAUAGCCUGAAGUUGGAUUUGGGAAAGAGACAAGGAGGACAGAUGGUUGAUGAUGUGGAGCUUCCCCCUUGGGCCUCCAGUCCCGAGGACUUUCUCCAGAAGAGCAAAGAUGCAUUGGAAAGCAAUUAUGUGUCUGAACACCUUCACGAGUGGAUUGAUCUAAUAUUUGGCUACAAACAAAAAGGGAGUGAUGCAGUUGGGGCCCAUAAUGUAUUUCAUCCCCUGACCUAUGAAGGAGGUGUAGACUUGAACAGCAUCCAGGAUCCUGAUGAGAAGGUAGCCAUGCUUACGCAAAUCUUGGAAUUUGGGCAGACACCAAAACAACUAUUUGUGACACCACAUCCUCGAAGAAUCACCCCAAAGUUUAAAAGUUUGUCCCAGACCUCCAGUUAUAAUGCUUCUAUGGCAGAUUCCCCAGGUGAAGAGUCUUUUGAAGACCUGACCGAAGAAAGCAAAACACUGGCCUGGAAUAACAUCACCAAACUGCAGUUACACGAGCACUAUAAAAUCCACAAAGAAGCAGUUACUGGAAUCACGGUCUCUCGCAAUGGAUCUUCAGUCUUCACAACAUCCCAAGAUUCCACCCUGAAGAUGUUUUCUAAAGAAUCAAAAACGCUACAAAGAAGUAUAUCAUUUUCAAAUAUGGCUUUAUCAUCUUGUUUACUUUUACCAGGAGAUGCCACUGUCAUAACUUCUUCAUGGGAUAAUAAUGUCUAUUUUUAUUCCAUAGCAUUUGGAAGACGCCAGGACACAUUAAUGGGACAUGAUGAUGCUGUUAGUAAGAUCUGUUGGCAUGACAACAGGCUAUAUUCUGCAUCGUGGGACUCUACAGUGAAGGUGUGGUCUGGUGUUCCUGCAGAGAUGCUAGGCACCAAAAGACACCAUUUUGACUUGCUGGCUGAGCUGGAACAUGAUGUCAGUGUAGAUACAAUCAGUUUAAAUGCUGCAAGCACACUGUUAGUUUCCGGCACCAAAGAAGGCACAGUGAAUAUUUGGGACCUCACAACGGCCACCUUAAUGCACCAGAUUCCAUGCCAUUCAGGGAUUGUAUGUGACACUGCUUUUAGCCCAGAUAGUCGCCAUGUCCUCAGCACAGGAGCAGAUGGCUGUCUUAAUGUCAUUGAUGUGCAGACAGGAAUGCUCAUCUCCUCCAUGACAUCAGAUGAGCCCCAGAGAUGCUUUGUCUGGGAUGGAAAUUCCGUUUUAUCUGGAAGUCAGUCUGGUGAGCUGCUCGUUUGGGACCUCCUUGGAGCAAAAAUCAGUGAGAGAAUACAGGGCCACACAGGUGCUGUGACAUGUAUAUGGAUGAAUGAACAGUGUAGCAGUAUCAUCACAGGAGGGGAAGACAGACAAAUUAUAUUCUGGAAAUUGCAGUAUUAAGUGCCUUUUCCUCUCCUGAAUAUUAAAUUGAACUCUAUUUAAUGCAUUUUUAAACCAAACUUUUAAACGGACUGGUGAAUGUGCAAUGUUAGUAAUUAGAAGUUUUACCACAUGGAAAAUUUGUGGUUUUAAACUUUCUAAAUCAUGGUGACUUCAUUGAAAGCCAUUAGUUGCCAUUCUCUUACGGCAGAUAAAAUGUGGCAGUGUUAGGGAAAACAUGUUACACUGUAAGGCAGAUGAUCAUCCCCGUAUGAUGAUUGUUAGAAGACAGAACUAGGUAGCAGAGAAUAGCUAAGAAAUAAAUUGGGCUGGGGAAACUUGUCAGGAAGCACUGAAGAAUUAAGAAUUUUGAAAAUGUGCAGUAUUCUCUGCUACUUCUGAGUCUGUUUUGUCUUCCUGAUCUAUCACAAUUGCCACCCAUCGGGUUUUGGGUGUGUGUUUUCAUAGAGUGGUUACUUUGUAUAAUGCGGUACCCAGAUUCUAAGAACCUGGAGAAGGAUUAGCAGUUCUUAUAACAGUAAGUAAGUUUACUGUGUAUAGGAACGGUUUGUAUUUCAUUAUAGCUAUUCAUCUUUUCUACAUUAAAAAUAUUUUUCUCUAAAGAAA